CGAGAGACUGACGCCAAGUGGAACCCACUCUCACACACACACACACACACACACCAUUCACCGACCUCUGCUCCGGCUGAGCGGCAGAGACGAUGCCUCUGGAGAGGUGACCGCCGGCGGAAUCUGAAGCAAUGACGGAAAAGCCCGAACAACCGGAGCGAUAGCUGCUGCAUCUCCUAAAACAUGGCGAGGAGGAGCCGCCGGUGAGAGCCGCACAGGGGAGCUCGAGGAGAGAAUUCGCUGUCCCGGGGAGGAAGGACCGACAAGGCUCUUCUUGUCUCGUAAGAGGAUAACGAAGGGAGAAAAGGGGUGGGGGGGGGAGGAAUCGAGCUAUUUAUUCGCGGACCUGUCGGAACAUCCACCCGCGACAGCAUGAGCGGCGGCGGGCCGGAUGAGAGCUCGGUGCGCGUCGCCCUGAGGAUCCGUCCUCAGCUGGCCAGAGAGAAGAUCGAGGGCUGCCACAUCUGCACGUAUGUGAUGCCCGGGGAGCCGCAGGUGUUCCUGGGAAAGGACAAAGCCUUCACCUACGACCACGUCUUUGACAUCACCACCCAGCAGGACAGCAUCUACGCGCACUGCACCGAGAGUCUCAUCGAGGGCUGCUUCGAGGGAUACAAUGCCACUAUCUUUGCAUACGGACAGACGGGUUCGGGAAAGACGUACACCAUGGGAACCGGCUUCGACGUCAGCAUCGAGGAGGACGAGCUGGGUAUCAUUCCGCGUGCCGUUAACCACCUGUUCAGAGGGAUCGAGGAGCGCAGACAGGCUGCCACCGAGCAGGGCAGGCCUGUUCCCGAGUUCAAGAUCAACGCACAGUUCCUGGAGCUGUACAACGAGGAGGUUCUGGACUUGUUUGACUCGACGCGAGACAUCGAGGGAAAGAGGCAGAAAUCCAACAUCAAGAUCCACGAGGACGCUACCGGAGGCAUCUACACCGUGGGGGUCACGACCCGCACCGUUACCUCAGCAGCUGAGAUGAUUCAGUGUCUGAAGGUGGGCGCUCUGUGUCGAACCACCGCCAGCACCCAGAUGAACGCACAGAGUUCACGCUCCCACGCCAUCUUCACCAUCCACCUGUGCCAAGUCCGAGUCUGCUCUCCCGACAACGACGAGCACGUCUCGGACAACCGUCUGGCUGACGACACAGAGAUCAACGAGUUUGAAACGCUGACAGCCAAGUUCCACUUUGUGGACCUGGCUGGUUCUGAGAGGCUGAAGAGAACCGGAGCUACGGGAGACCGGGCUAAGGAGGGCAUCUCCAUCAACUGUGGGCUGCUUGCUUUGGGAAACGUCAUCAGUGCUCUGGGAGACCGGAGUAAGCGCUCCACUCACGUGCCUUACAGGGACUCCAAGCUCACCCGGCUGUUACAGGACUCCCUGGGUGGCAACAGUCAGACGGUGAUGAUCGCGUGCAUCAGCCCGUCGGACCGGGACUUUAUGGAGACCCUGAACACUCUGAAGUACGCCAACAGAGCCCGAAACAUUAAGAACAAGGUGAUGGUGAACCAGGACAAAGCCAGCCAGCAGAUCAGCGCCCUGAGGACGGAGAUAGCACGACUGCAGAUGGAGCUGAUGGAGUACAAGACGGGGAAGCGCAUGGUGGGCGAAGAUGGCAUGGAGGGAGUCAACGACUUGGUCCAUGAGAACUCCAUGCUGCAAACGGAGAACAACAACCUGAGGGUGAGAGUGAAGGCCAUGCAGGAGACCGUCGACGCCCAGAGGGCCAGACUCACGCAGAUCCUCAGUGACCAGGCCAACCAGGUCCUGGCGAGAGCAGGUGAAGGCAGUGAGGAGAUCGGGAACAUGAUUCAGAACUACAUCAAGGAAAUCGAGGAGCUCAGAGCCAAACUCCUCGAAAGCGAGGCUGUGAAUGAGAAUCUGAGGAAGAGUCUGUCUCGGGCCUCUACGCGCUCUUCGCUAUACGGCGGCUCCUUCUCCCAAACCCACCUCGUCCCAGAGAAGGAGGCCAACGACGUCAUCGAGAUGGCCAAGAAGAGCUUGGAGAAACUCAAGAAGAAGGAGAGGAAAAAGAAGAGAAGACUGAGGCAACAUGAAGAUAAUCCCCACCAAGAGGUUGAACACACCAGUGUUAUCAAGGAGGAAGUGCCAGACAACGACCAGGAGCAGGGCAACGAGGAGGCAGAGGAGGGAAGCGACCACGAAGAAGGCGAAGAAGCGGAUGGAGAAGAGGAGGACUUUGACACUGUGGGAGACGACACCUCGGGCGACUCUGACUCCGAAGAACUGGAGGAGAAAGAAAACGUCCAGGCCGACCUGGCCAACAUCACCUGUGAGAUCGCCAUCAAGCAGAAGCUGAUAGACGAGCUUGAGAACAGCCAGCGGCGUCUGCACACGCUCAAACAGCAGUACGAACAGAAGCUGACCAUGCUGCAGAACAAGAUCCGAGACACGCAGCUGGAGCGGGACAAGGUGCUGCAUAACAUGGGUUCAGUGGAGUCUGGUACGGAGGAGAAGGCUAAGAAGAUCAAAACAGAGUACGAGAGGAAGCUGAGCUCCAUGAACAAAGAGCUGCAGAAGCUCCAGUCCGCUCAGAAGGAGCACGCCCGCCUGCUGAAGAACCAGUCACAGUACGAGAGACAGCUGAGGAAACUCCAGCUGGAUGUGACCGAGAUGAAGAAGACCAAGGUGGUGCUGAUGCGUCAGAUGAAGGAGCAGCAGGAGAGAAACCGAGCCUCGGAGUGCAGGAGGAACCGGGAGAUCGCCUCUCUGAAGAAAGACCAACGCAGAGCUGAGCACCAACUGAAGCAGAUGGAGGCCCAGAAGAGACAACAGGAGCUGAUUCUUCGCAGAAAGAACGAAGAGGUGACCGCCCUCAGGCGGCAGGUGAGACCCGUGUCUGGGAAGGUGAGCAGGAAGGUGAGCUUACCCGAGUCUCCCCAGGAGCCGUCUCAUAGAGCCCUGCCCGGAAGGAUGCAAACCCCUGGAGCAUCCCCAGCCAAUGGAGCCAGGAGUUCCCCAAUGCGGAUGGGAAGUAUCUACCUCAACAGGACAGCCAGGGCCAAAUGGCAGUCACUGGAGAGACGCGUCACCGACAUCAUCAUGCAGAGGAUGACCAUCUCCAACAUGGAGACGGAUAUGAACAGACUGCUGAAGCAACGGGAGGAGCUGACCCGGCGGAGGGAGCGAGUGUCCAGAAAGCGAGAAAAGAUGGCGGUGGAGGGCGUAGACGCCGACCGCUCGCUGGCCUCCCUGAGCGAGGAGCUGGAGUCUCUGAGCGCCAACAUCGACUAUAUAAACGACAGCAUUGCCGAGUGCCAGGCCAAUAUCAUGCAGAUGGAGGAGGCCAAGGAGGAAGGAGACACAGGAGACGUUACCGCGGUGAUCAGUUCCUGUAAUUUAUCAGAGGCCCGCUUCCUUCUGGACCAUUUCAUGAACAUGGCUAUCAGUAAGGGGCUGCUGGCGGCUCAGAAGGAUUCCCAGAUGAAGGUGAUGGAGGGCACUUUGAAGCAGACGGAGAUCAAUAACGCCACCCAGAACCAGCUGCUGUUCCACAUGCUGAAGGAGAAAGCGGAGAUCAACCCAGAGCUGGACGCUCUGCUUGGCAGCGCGCUGCAAGAGUUAGGUUACCUCUCACCAGAGAAUGGAGAUUGCAGCAGCAGCGACGAGUCCACCACCAGUCCAGGUGCGGAGGGCAGCUCACUGGCAUCAGAUCUAAUGAAGCUAUGUGGGGAAACCAGACCAAGAAGCAAGGCUCGCAGACGGACCACCACCCAGAUGGAGCUUCUGUAUGCCGGCAGUGGGGAUCAGUCCUUUGAUUCCCCCACCGGAGACUUCCUAGGCCCUCUGCUGCCCCUCUCAGAGCUCCCGGAAGGGUCGGGAGACAUGCUGGGUCAAGCGCUCGCUCAAACCCCUGACUGCGAACAAACUGCUUCCCCAUCUGCACUGUCUGCCAGGCCAGCUGGCUUUUGUGGAUCACGGUCACCCACAGGUACCGAGAGAAGGCCACCUGACCGCUCGCCCCUCAGCCGAAGGCGGGUGCAAGAGAAAGGAGCCGCGUCGACGCACAUCCCAGCACCCACACACACCGGGGAGGCCAAAGCUAAAGGCAGCAUCCACAGAGCACAUUCGGAGGAGUCGCCUGCAACGGGUGGCCACAGGGGUGUGAUCAACCCUUUGAAGAACAGCCACGAGGCCAAACUUCAGUGUGUCUAUGUAGCAGAGGGGCACACCAAACCCGUCCUCUGUGUGGACGCCACAGAUGAUCUGCUAUUCACGGGAUCCAAAGAUCGUACAUGUAAAGUCUGGAACUUGGUGACGGGUCAGGAGAUCAUGUCUCUGGCAGAUCAUCCCAGCAGUGUCGUCUCUGUCAGGUACACUUCAAGUCUCGUCUUCACGGUUUCAACAGCUUACAUCAAAGUGUGGGACAUACGAGACUCUGCCAAGUGCAUCCGCACACUCACGUCGUCAGGCCAGGUGGGUUCAGGGGACAUCUGCUCGUCCGCCAGGAGCUUAUCCAUCCCACCCGGAGAGAGUCAGAUCAACCAGAUCGCCCUCAACCCCUCCGGCUCCUUCCUUUACGCUGCCGCUGGGAAUGCUGUGCGCAUGUGGGACCUCCGCAAAUUUGUAUCCACGGGGAAACUCACCGGACAUUUGGGACCUGUAAUGUGUCUGACUGUCCACCAAUUAGGUCACGGGCAGGACGUCGUCCUCACUGGCUCCAAAGACCAUCAUGUUAGAAUGUUUGAGGUGUCCGAAGGGUCCCAGGGAAGCAUCAGCUCCAGCCAGACGUUUGAACCCGGCCAUCAGGACGGCGUGGAGUCUCUGGCCGUGCACGGAGACGUUUUCUACAGCGGCUCCAGAGACUAUCACAUCAAGAAGUGGGACCUCGGCAGUAAACGGCUGCUCCAGUCUGUCAGCGCCCAAGCGGACUGGGUCAGCGCUCUGGGCACGAUGCCGGGCUCCCCGGUGCUCCUCAGCGGAUGCAGAGGAGGGCUGCUGCGCCUCUGGCACGCCGACUCGCUAGCGCCCCUCGGCGAGGUCCGGGGACACGACAGUCCCAUCAACGGCCUGGCCAGUAACGGCAACCAACUGUUCACCGCCUCAGAUGACCGCACAGUGAAGAUUUGGGAGGCCAAGGGUUCUCUGGAGGAUGGGGUCCACUGACACCUGCUUCCGGAUCUGAAAUACAGGAUCAUCUGCUGGCCUUGAACCAAUCAAAAUGUGUUGGAUGGGAGCCCAAAGUGUCGGCCCUGCCGAAGACAAAUCUACAACACUGAUCCUUGGCUGAUGAUCCACUGGGAUCAGUUUCAGAGAAGUCUAAUGGGAUGCAACUGCUCUCAGUCUCAAUCAAAGUGGAGCCUCUCCGGUCGCCCGGAGAGCUCCGCUGAUUACACGACAGCCGCAAUGGGCGGCUUCUUGUGUUGCGGCGACAGGAGACAACAGAAUUAAAGUGGAAAUGUCUCAAUCGAUCCAGAGGCCUGUCGUGUGCUUUCAACAAUCCUGUCUUUAGUUCAGCACGCAACAACAUUUCCGUGCACGGCCUAUAGGGAAUUUAAAAAACUGUUUUUGUUGUAGGGCUUUGUUUCCUUGCACCAGUUGUUGAUUUGCGAAAAGAGUCUUCAUCCCAAAACAAGACAUAGAUGUUCAUAUUCUGCUGUCGGCAAUAACUGUGAGUCCAUCCUGUUUGUUCCCAUUAUGCGUGAUGUGUUAUGUCAUUGCUCCCCAGGUCAUUUUGUGUGUGUGUGUGUGUGUGUGUGUGUGUGUGUGUUCAGUGUAGGCAAGGACCCAAUAACUGCUGAACUUGCAUAUAGUCUUAUUCAUCAGCUGUUACUGCCAAACCCUACCGGGCAGAGCUUUUUUUAGAAUGGGAGGUGGGCCUCCUCGCGGUGGUUACAAACUGGAGCCUCAAUGAAAACACAUUACAGUUAUUGCAUCCGUUACCAAAAGAAAAUCUGAAAUAGUAUAGAACAGCCCAAAUGUCUGUUGUCAACAUUAGUUGGGGGAAAUUUCUCAGUGUAAAACUUUUCAAUGCGAUGUUUGUGGCCUGAAAUUAUAGUACCAGUCAAACGUUAUGACACCACUUCUGAGCAGAUGUGUCCAAACUUUUGACUGGUACUAUAUGCUUCGCUGUAAUUAAGGGUUUCUGUGGGAUCAAAUAAAAUUAUUUUUUACUAAAGGCAUCCAGCAAGUUAUCGGGGGAGAGCCUUUGUUUAAGCUUUAAGGCCCACAGACUCUGACUCUGAUCAGCUCUGCUCUAGUAGAACUUAAGCCCUCUAAAUAAACAUACACUGAAUGGGUUCUUUUACAUUUCUCUUUUGCAUCCUCCUCCUUUAAAUUUUAUCCAAUCAGACAAAUGCUAAUUUCCUGAAAUAUUUAUGAAUCAAUUCAGAAUCUGUGUCUCUGCACAACGUUAUGUGCACGGUUACAUGUCACUUCUUAAAAGCGGAUACGUUCAUAAAAACAUGCAUAGUUCUGCGCAUACUGUAUCAUAUUUGUUCUGCAAGGUUUAUAAAUCAAAAUGUGUUGUUACAGUUCAUCAAGCUGACAAUGGAAGACACCGCAACGUUUAACGUAUUCCUGUAACACACACACACCCUGUGGUGCGGUAUGACUGUUCAGAUGAAGAGCUCCCACGUUGCACUCCUCCCAAACCAAACCAACUUGUUCCACUACAUCGGCUACACACCAUGCGUGUGCGGUUAUGACGUUGUUCCGACAGAUUUUGCUCUGCUCCGUUAAAUACGGUUGGAGUGAAGACUGUGCAGGCUGACAAACAGACAGUGAGAGCUUUCUCUCUCAGGCUGUUGGGGUGUCAGCGGUCUUCCACUGAAUCUGUUGAUUUAGCUCUGGGGCUCAGGAGUCAGUGGUAGACUACGCCCGAAUAUGAGGUCAGAGAUGCUGGAAGUUUAGAUGCACAACACAGUUUUGUAAGCCUGCUGUUCAUCAGUCUUCUUUGCCGAACAUCUCACCCAAAGAGGGAUUUUUGGUGGUUUUUUUCCCUCUGACGGUUUUGCUGUGGAUGUUUUUGAUCAAUGGCCAAAUUGAGUGUGACGAUGAGGCCGAAAGAGUCCUGUGAUGUGUGCUGUACCUACCAAAUGUAUUGAUGUUGUCAAUAUUACUGGAGAAUAAGCUUUUGUUUGUAUAUUUUAUGGAUCUGGGACACAAUUCCUUGUUGCAAACAAAGCUUUUCUCACUUAUUUUCUCACAGUGAUACUGCAGAGUUUUAAUGGAUAUUGUGGCAUCCAUAUCUUCCACACACACGAGACACACACACAUGAGACACACACACACACACACAUAAAAAAAAUGAAUCAUCUUUUUGAUGUGAGUACUGCUAUUUAUUUAAAGGUUAAUUUUAUUUUUGAUGUUGCUGUUGUGUCUUUCGUAUCAAUCAGAUUUUUAUCCAAUUGCCAUCGAAUGCCUCUCAUAUUUCAGCACUCCUGGGAAUAGAUUCUGCAUUGUCAGAGAUGUAUUGCCAGUACAUUCUAAACCAGAUACUGACUGUAGAAUUGUUACACAACAAAUGUGAACUACCCCUCAUCAAAAGGUCAAGAUAUCUUUUCAACUUAUUGAGAAACACCUUCUUUUAUGUUUGCAAUGAAAAGUCGACGGGACUAAAUUUGGAUCAGUAUUUCCCCCAUUGUCUAAGAACAGUUAAUCAAUGGUGAAAUAAAUUAGUUACAAAAAUUGGUUUUCAUUCCUAUUGGGUAAUUGCUUAAUUAUAAUAUAGAAAAUAACAUAUUUUCCUAAUUCAGAAUGAAUCACAUAGGCUGCUUGAAAUUAACCAUUGUAAUUAAUAAUCCUUAUAAUUGUAGCUAAAUUUAAAAGUACAAAUACUUGUGUAAAUACCAUGAAAGGUAUACAACAGGGUUAGAUUAGAAUAGUUGAUUAUGACGGUUUUCUUCCUGCUGAUUCACUUGUGCAGAAAUUUUAUUUGCUGCAGUGGAAAAAAUAAAUUUUAAAACAUG